GCAUGUUCCAGCCCAGAAAGCAGGAGCCACUGUGUCUGAAAAGAGGGGUCAUUGAACCAAUUAAACACACGUGUGAAGCCUCAAUGAUCCCCGACACAUGGAACUAUAAAGGACAGAGAGUGAAAGACGUCCGCUUCGAUGCAAAAGAGCCUGACAAUGACUGUGUUGUGAGCCACAUAAUCAGAUUGAGAGGAAAACUGGGCUGGUCCACUGAGAUUCCUGACAGGAGAAUAGCAAAAGCAUGCACACAGAACAUACAGGAAAUCCCUGAGGGGACUAAAAAGGAUCCUGGAGAGUAUGUGUACUGUCUGAUGAGGAACAGAGGUGACCUCAAGAUCCAGCCCAACCCCUAUGAUCUUCAGGUGGUUUCUGUCCAGAUAGCUAAACAGAGCUGUCAGUACUGGACCGUCAGCGCUUCAUGCAUAUUCAAGGUGUCUGUUUUGGAGGACAGAAGUGGUGAAAUCAUGUCUGUAAUAGACUGGCUUUCUGAAAGAGAACUGUUUUUCAAAAUCUUCAAGUUGCCAUUGUUUGCAAAAUUCAGAAUUUGGAAGGCAUUUACAAUCUGGAAGGUCACAGUAUGCCACUCAAAGACCAAAAAAGCUAAGGAAAUAUUAUCCAAAGGUCUUUUUUUUACUGAUGACAUCUUCUUGAGAUGUCUGGUUGAAAUCAAAGGACUUUUUGAGAUGGCCAGUGACAAGACAAGAUAUGGGGAUUCUGACGGUGCCAUUGUUUUAACAAAGUUGGAUAAAUCCACCACAUACUCCUUGAUAGGCUUCUGUGAGGCCCAGACCCAACAAUGUGCUGUAGCACUGAGACAACUUCACUGCCUUCACCACAAAGUUGCCACUUUGAUUCGCGCAGCUUGUCUGAAGGCAGCAGAGGUCCACGGUGCAGAGAGACUGUUCCUCCCUCUGUCCUCUCAGUCGACCAACAGGCCGCUGUAUGCUGAGGUGGCUGAGUGGCGGAUCCUCUUGUGUCGCUUCAGCCACUUCCUCAACCUGAUAGACAGAAUGUUUGAAGAGAUGCUCUGUGUCUUGGUCAGAUCUGCAGUUCAACUCCUUCUGUUGUUCCUCCGAGAGUCCUCUAACACUAAUGGAGUGAAAGAGAGAAGACAAAAGACAAAAAAAAUGGCAAGGAUGGAUGCAAGUGGACCUUACAUAAAUAUUUUCAAAGAGCCAACUGGUCGUAAUGCGGCGCAUAAACUUUCUUCACACAGCCAAGGCCGACCACAGCUUGUUAACAAGAUGCUACCAGAUUUUAAAAGGGAAGAGCCUAAAGAAGAGAUCCAGGCUGUAUUUGAAGUGAACGUCCUGCUUACAGUCACACCUGUGAACCAGCCAAUGACAGAUGAUGUCUCAGCCAAAGGGACAGCCACAACAGAGCUCCACUCUGAAGUCGACACAAAAGAUACAGAGAAAGAUAAAGAGGUUUCCCGUGAGGAGACUCCAUGGCGUUCGCCCAGCAAACGAGUGAAGCUAACCAUCUAUCCCUGUCUUGAUGACUUCACACUGCACAUUCAACAGGUGCUACAAGGAUUUGAACAAGUCAUUGCCAAACAGACAUCCUUCAACCAAGACCCUAACCUCCUGGACUUGCACUCGCCCCCUGUGUUUGACCUGAAACUGUCUGUUGACGAGGAGCUGGAGAAGGAAAGAGACCAACAUCUCCGACCAUGGCCUGAGCUGGAGCUGUUACUGGGGACAGAUCCCGCUUUCCAGUCUGAUCUGUCGGACAUCCUCAGUACCGUCCAGCGAGGGAUGCAGGGAGUGGAGAAGCACUGUCAGAGGCUAGAGAAGUUCUGUGAUAUGGUGGAGACAGCCAUGUUGACUGACAUGGAUGGGUUCUUGGCCGGGGAGAAAUGGUCUCCCCAGGAUAUCAAGGCCAUCUUGGCGGUGCACACAGAGAGCAUCAGGCUAAUGAAAAGGAUAGAGACUGAGACCCGUGUCAACAUGAUCCUGGUCAGGUGUCACCAGUACCAGUCAAACUGCCUGCCCUACCCAGAGGCUCUCAUCUUUACCAUUCACUCCAUGCUCCCCUCCAUUGUAAAGAAGAAGAAUCUGGAACUGAUGGAGGUGAUCAGAGGAGCUCUUAAAAAGCUGGAUAAAGACAUUUUUACAGUGGAAGAGUUUGUUGAGCAUCUGACCUUCCUGAGUCGGAUAUCUGUGCAGAUUCCAACUCUGGAAAGACAGUAUCAGUUCCUCAUCCAGCUCUAUAGUAUGGCUAAAGAGUACCAGAUCACUAUCUCUCCUGAGGAGCUGGCUUUGUACCAGCACCUCGUCCCCAGCUUCCAGCAUCUCAAAUCCACUGUCAUGAUAUGUGAAACCAAGAGGGAUGACAACAUCUUCAAGUUCAGCGUUGAUCUGGGCAAACACUUAAAUCAACUCAGAUAUGAGCUUGUUCUGGUUAAAAUGAAGGUGAACAAUCCCAUCCUGCUUUGCUCCUAUACGUCUCCCAAAGUGGCCAAUGAGAUCCUCCAGGCUCUCUCGGAGGAGGUGGCCAUCUACUCCAAUAAGGCAUACAGCUACACUAGCUACGGAGAGCUCCUGAGAAACUCUUUUUCUAUGAAGAAGAUCUCCACUGUGGUCCGCAUGAAGCAGGGCCGUGGUUCUAACGCUGCCGAAGUGGAGGCAGAGCUGUCUGAGGUGGACUAUGCCCUGACGCUGAGGAAGAUGCUCUGGGGGAUGCAGAAGGAAUGGGAUAAACACUACAGCCGUUGGAGAACCACCACCUUCGAGCUGCUCAAUGUGGACGAUCUGCAAAAUGAUGUCAGCCGCUUUACACAGACCAUCUACAUGUUAGAGAAAGGUUUACCUGAAAACAACAUAGUUCCCAUUCUGAAGCAGAAGGUGAUGGACUUCAAGCUUUGUCUGCCCAUCGUCCUGGCUCUCAGGAACCCUUAUCUCCGUCAGAGACACUGGGAAGACAUCCAGAGCUAUAUCGGACAAUUCUUCACCAAAGAGGAUAACUUCACCCUUGGAAACCUAUUAGACAUAAAGAUUCUUCAGCAAAGUGGUUCGAUAGGGGACAUCUCCACUACUGCCACCAAUGAGGCCACUUUAGAGAGCAUCCUGUACAAAGUGAUCGACCUGUGGAGGAACACAGACUUCCGUCUGAUCACCCACCAAUCUGACGCAUCCACGGUGAAAAUCAUCGCCUCGGCAGACGACGUCAUGGCACAGCUGGAAGAGAGUCAGACCACUAUCAUGAGCAUCAAGGCAUCCCGCUACGCUGAGCCUAUCAAGUAUCUGAUAGAUGAAUGGGAGAGGAAGCUGAACCAGUUCUCACAUACCCUGGAGGAGUGGGUCAUGUGUCAGAAGAGAUGGCUCUACCUGGAGCCUAUCUUCUCUGCUGGAGGGAUUCAGAGGCAAGGCAGCUAUUGUAGUUUUACCUGUGUGUGUUGUAUACAGCUCCCAGCGGAGGCCAAGGUGUUCCUGCAGGUGGAUCAAUCAUGGAAGGAGAUCAUGAGGAGGACAGAUGACAGGCCUAAUGCCCUGAGAGCAGCUACCGCCCCUGGGGUCCUGGAGAUGCUGCAGGCUGGCAACGUCCACCUGGAAAAAAUACAGAAAUGUCUGGAGGAUUAUUUUGAAUCCAAAAGAUCAGUUUUCGCAAGAUUCUACUUCCUCAGCAAUGAGGAACUACUGGAUGUUCUGUCACAGAGCAAAAAUCCCAACGCCAUUCAGCCUCAUCUUGUAAAAUGCUUCAGCAACAUCCGUCACCUGAACAUCCAGGAACAAGCUAGGAUUCACCAUGUGGUGGCAAGCAUACGUUCAGCCGAGGGUGAAACUGUGACCAUGCCAAAAAAUGUUCAAAUACGUGGGCCAGUGGAGCAAUGGAUGGGAAAUGUGGAAACAGCAAUGUACAACACAGUGAAAAGGCGCUUGAAGAUAGGAGUGUCAGAAUGGAAUCCUCAGAACUUUAAGAAAUGGGUCCUCUCUCACCCCGGACAGGUCGUUCUCACCGUGACCCAGAUCAUGUUCACUAAGGACUGCCAGGAAAGCUUCAGCAGUGAGAGGCAGCUGGAGAGCAUGGUGGUGGUGAAGCAGCAGGUGAUCCACAAUGUGGAGGAGCUGGCUGACCUUGUGUCCGAGCCCCUGCCCUGUCACCAGCAGGCCACCCUAGAGGCCCUGCUCACAAUCCUGGUUCACUGUAGAGACAUCCUCAGCCAUCUCCUCCAGAACCGCAUCACCAGUGUCGACGACUUCGAGUGGACAAGGCAGCUUCAAUAUGUCUGGUAUGACAGCACCUCUCUGUGUUACGUGGUCCAUGCCCAGGCUUCCUUCAUGUAUGGCUACGAGUACCUGGGCUGUUCUCCUCGACUGGUCAUCACGCCGCUCACUGACCGAUGCUGGCUGACCCUCACCGGGGCCUUGAGCCUCCAUCUGGGGGGCGCACCCGCCGGACCCUCUGGAACAGGCAAGACAGAGACCGUCAAGGACCUGGCCAAGGCGCUUGGAAAGUUCUGUUUAGUACUGAACUGCUCUGACAGUCUAGACUAUAAGAUGAUGGGGAAGCUGUUCUCUGGCAUGGUGCAGUCUGGUUCCUGGUGUUGUUUUGAUGAGUUUAACCGUAUCAACGUAGAGGUGUUGUCAGUCAUCGCUGCUCAGCUUCAGUCCAUUAAGGCUGCCAUGCAUAGUCACAGUUUACGGUUUAUGUUCGAGGGAAGAGAUAUCCGACUGAACGCCUCAUGUGGAUUCUUCAUCACCAUGAAUCCAGGUUGCAAAGGUCGAGUGGAUCUCCCUGACAACCUAAAGUCCCUGUUCCGGCCUGUCUCUAUGAUGGUACCUGACUUUGACCUGAUUGCUGAGAUCAUGUUGUUCUCUGAGGGCUUCAAAUCAGCCAAAUCACUGUCCAGGAAGAUCGUCAACCUCUACCAGCUCGCCAGCAAGCAGCUGUCUCAGCAGGACCAUUAUGAUUUUGGAAUGAGAGCCAUAAAGUCAGUGCUAGUUCUCGCGGGUCAGAAGAGAAGAUUUGCAGCGCUGUCGUGUGGCCUGACACCAGAGGACGAAUGCUACGUUCUGAUCUGUGCUUUACAAAACUCUAACUUACCCAAGCUGGUUCCUGAGGACGUUCCUCUGUUUAAAAGCAUCAUGGAGGAUCUCUUCCCCGGCGUCGUCAAUCCCAAAACUAUCCAUCCUCAACUAGAGAUCGCCAUAGCUAAGGCUACAGAGAUUCUUGGAUUUCAACAAUGGCCAAAUCAAGCAGAGAAGGUUACACAGCUGUAUAGCCAGAUUUUGGCUCGAGGAGGGGUGAUGUUGAUUGGUCCUACCGGAGGAGGGAAGACAACAGUGAGACUCAUCCUGCAGCAUGCUCUACACCUGCUGCCCUCUCUGUCUGAAGUCCACAGGAGGACCAACGUCUUUAUGGAGUUGGCACCGAGUUCAGAGGUCCACGUGGAAAGCUUCACCAUCAACCCCAAGUGUGUGAGCUUUGGAGAGUUGUACGGUCAGGUAGACCCCAACACUCUGGAGUGGUCAGACGGCCUGUUCGCUUCUGCAGUCAGAACCUACGCUAAAGAACUCUUCGAACAAGACAACAAGACUUCCAAAGACAGCGAGAGCAGGAACACCUCUUCAGAUGUUUUGAGUGACUCCACUACACCCUUACCUCCCAGCAGUUAUCAACAUAACUUCAUGGUUGACAACUGGCGUUGGAUCAUAAUGGAUGGCCCAGUGGAUAUCCUGUGGGUCGAGAACCUGAACACUGUGUUGGACGACAACAAGACGCUGUGCCUGGUGAACGGAGAGAGGAUCAGCCUGCCAGAUGGCAUUAGGUUCCUGUUUGAAGUGGAUACUCUCAGCCAGGCCACCCCCGCUACCAUCAGCCGCUGUGCCAUGGUCUACAUGGAUCCAGUUGACCUGGGCUGGAAGCCGUACGUGAGGCGCUGGCUGUCCCAGCUGCCCAGACAGCUGAGCAGAGAGGGAAGAAACCACAUCCAGCAACUCUUUGACAACAGCAUCACCCAGGGGCUGAACUUUGUCAAGAAGCACCAGAAGCUGCUCAACUUCCAGAUCCCGGAGAUGUCCACAGUCAUGACCGUCUGCAGCAUCCUGGGGGCUCUCAUUAACUUCAUGCAGGGGAAUGGUGGCCUGGGACUAAAUCUUGAGACAUUGUCAGAGGAAGACAUUGGGAAGACCUCUGCAGACAAUGAGUCCACAGGAAAAGGGGAGGAUAACAAAUGGUUUCUACAGAAAAACCCAGAAAAACUCACAAUUCUUCUUGGGAAGCUGUUUGUCUUUUCAUACGCCUGGGCAGUGGGAGGAGUCCUAAACCAUGUAGAUGACUAUGAUGAUUCCCCAUCUGCUACUAAAGACAAAAGCUGUAACCUCGUCAAUGUUGCACACGCAUUCAAAAACCUGAUCCACAAGUUGUUUGAAGGCGCACCUUGCGGUGUGUCUUUACCAGCGGGGAAUCGUAUGAUCUUCAACUACUUUGUGGAUCUACAGACAGGUGCCUUCGUUUCCUGGGAUGAGUUGGUUCCUAGCACCGAGAGUCUUAUACGCAAAGGACUGAACACAUCCUCAGGUUCUGAAUCAUUGCAGUUGGGAGGAGCCCUGGGAGAGUCUAACACAACAGAUACCACCAGCUUUCUGAGAUCAGGCCCCAUCUGCAGCAAUGAUACUGUCCGCUACUCCUUUCUAAUGAGCCUGCUGCUGCUCAACAAACAACCAGUACUUCUCACAGGGGAUUCUGGAGUUGGAAAAACCAUUCUCAUCCAAAGCAUUCUAAAGAAACUACAGAGAGAAGGAGGAGAAAUGGUGAAUCAAGGGACUAUGCUGGGACGAGUGUUUCUACACAACCAAUCCAAGACAGCCAGCCUGCUGGAGGAUGUUAACCUGCUGACAGCUGUGUUUGGGGGAGAUGCAGAUAAGUCUACAGACGGUGAUUCAUUAAGUGGCUUGUUAAGCAGCAUGCCGUUUGGAGUGUUGCACAGGAUGCGUAGUCCCAGCCAUACCUCAGAAUCCUCAGGAAUCCUGACCUGCACCCUCCAGUGCACUGCUCGUACAACCACUGCCUACAUACAGGCACACAUGUUACAAAACCUCGUCAAGAAAGGCAAAAAUAUCCUUGGUGCACCCAAAAAUAAGUCUGUCUUGGUGUUUGUAGAUGAUUUGAACAUGCCAACACUUGAUAGUUAUGGCGCCCAGCCUUCCAUGGAGUUUAUUCGCCAGUUCAUCGAGCUCCAGGGAGUAUUUGAUGCCAAGACUCUCACCUGGAAGGGCAUCCAGGAUGUGACUCUGUGUGCAGCCUGUGCCCCUCCGGGUGGGGGCCGUCAGAACCUCAGCCCCCGUCUGCUAAGACACUUCUCUGUCCUGCUGCUGCCACACCCCUCUAGCAACACCAUGCAACACAUCUUCCAGGUCCAACUCGGGAAGUUCUUUGGUAUCAGAGAUUUCUCCAAGGAGGUGCGUAAAUGCAGAGAGGCCUUGGUGUCUGCCUCCAUCACUGUCUACAAUGAGAUGUGUCAACGUAUGAUGCCCACUCCAGCCAAAUACCACUACACAUUUAACCUCCGAGACCUGUCCAAGGUGGUCCAGGGCCUGAUGCAGGCCAGCGACUCUGAGCUAAACUCAGAGGAGGCUGCAGCCUACCUGUUUUCCCACGAGACCUCCAGAGUGUUCCACGACCGCCUGGUCAACGAGCAGGACAGAGAACUGUUCUUUCAGAUACUGUCCAACGAGCUGCACAGUUACUUCAAGGUGUCCUGGCCACCAGAGGAGCUGAUGAGAGAACCCAUAGCAUUCGGAGACUUCCUGGAUAUGAGCAUCCCAACUGCUUCUAGGAUCUAUAAGCAAAUGCCAGAGUUGAAGAAGAUCCAGGCUGUACUGGAGGAGUGUCACGCUAGUCAUGGAAGGAAAGCCUCUCAGUUCCCCAUGGUGUUUUUCAGGGAGGCAGUGGAACACAUCACUAGAGCCGCCCGGGUCUUCAGAUUGAAGGGAGCACACAUGAUGCUGAUUGGACUGGAUGGCACAGGGAAGGAGGAGUGUGUGACUCUGGCCUGUCAUGUGUCUGGAAGCCAUCUCUACAGGCUGUCUGUCUGCCGGAACUGCAGCUACUCAGACUUCAGAGAUGACCUCAAGAGGGUGUUCAGACAGGCCGGGAUCCAACGUAAAAACACUGUGCUGCUCAUCACUGACUCAGACAUUGUCAAGGAGUCAGUCCUUGAGGAUCUGAACUGCAUUCUGAAAUAUGGUGAUGUCCCUGGCCUGUUUGACAAUGAUGAGAUUGAUUCAAUCACUGUGGAUCUCAAGUCAACCAUGGAGAGCUCUAUCGGUGAAAAUAGAGAGGAGAUGUACUCUUAUUUCAUAGAGCAAGUUCAUCAGAGACUACACAUCGUCCUGGCCCUGAGCCCUGCUGGGAUGCGUCUGAGACAGUACUGUUGGGCCCACCCGGCCCUGCUCUCCUGUUGUAACAUAGACUGGUACAGUGAGUGGUCUAAAGAUGCUCUGCUGCAGGUAGCCAACAGCACCUACAUCAACUCUGACCACUUUGACUGGCUCGGACAGGUCCUGCAGAACAAGGUAGCCAGAGUAUGUGUGGAUAUCCACCAGAGCUCAACCCAGAUGGCUGCUCAGUAUCUGCAGGAGAUGAGAAGGCCCUACUACAUAGUCCCCAGCACUUUCAUCGAGUACAUAGACACCUUCACCAAGAUGUGUCGUUCAGAGGGGUCUAAGCUCCAUAAUGUCAGAGAUCGUUUUAGUAACGGACUCUCUAUAUUAUCUGAGGCAACAUCUCUAGUCACUGUCAUGCAAGAUGAACUUCUAGCUCUAGGCCCACAGAUAGAGGAGAAGUCAAAGGAAAUAGAGAUAUUGAUGGGUAAACUGAAAGAGGAUUCUCAAGCUGUGGAACAAGUCCGAGCCAUCGUCAAAAUCGAAGAAGACAUGAUGGUGCAAGAAACACGUAUCGUUCAUGAAUAUGCAGAGGAUGCCACGGCAGAUUUGAAUAAAGUUUUGCCUCUGCUGGAGAAAGCAGUUUCAGCUUUAGAUGCUCUGCAAAAGAGCGACAUUUCAGAAAUAAGAGUAUACACCAAGCCUCCAGAACUGGUCCUGACAGUGAUGCAUGCAGUCUGCAUCCUGCUACAGCAGAGGCCUGACUGGACUACAGCUAAACAGCUGCUAGGAGACCCUGGCUUCCUCAAGAGACUGGUCUGCCUGGACAAAGACAGCCUGCCAGAGAAGGUGUUUCUGAAGUUGAGGAGGUAUUCUAAGUGUCCUGACUUUAACCCUGCCAAGGUGGGCAUGGUGUCUAUAGCCUGUCGUUCUAUGUGCCUCUGGGUGCUGGCUUUGGAGCACUACCAUGAAGUGUACAAGAUAAUUGAGCCCAAACGGAACAAAGUCAACGUGGCCCAAGCAGCAUUGGUGAAAUCAGAAUCUAAUCUGAUGAAAAAGCAGAAAAGACUAUUGAAGAUCGAGGAGCAUCAGAAAGCUUUGGAGGACCGCUACGAUGCCAGUGUGUCUGAGAGACAGGAGCUGGGGAGACGUAAAGAGAGGACCACGAACAGAGUGCAGAGAGCUGCUUCACUCAUAUCAGCCCUGUCUAAUGAAAAGGAUCGCUGGGAGAAGGCAGUGUGUGACCUGGACAACAAGCUGCAGCACAUAGUGGGUGACGUCAUGGUUUCCUCAGCGUUCAUCACGUACUGUGGACCUCUGACGGCCGACUACCGUAAAGCCAUGGUGAAGAAGUGGCUGGACUUCUGCCACAACAUGGAGAUCCCUGUCUCUCCUCAGUACACCUUCACCUCAGCCAUGACCGAGAAGAACCAGGUGAGACACUGGCAGAACACAGGCCUGCCACCAGAUCAGAACUCCACAGAGAAUGCUUUGAUCGUGAAGAACGGUCCCCACUGGCCCCUGCUGAUUGACCCCCAGGGCCAGGCCACCAGGUGGAUAAGCUCUAUGGAGGGGGUCAGGCUCAGGAAGAUGCUGGCCUCAGACCCCAACUAUAUGAAGACAGUGGAGAGGGCCAUUCGCAUGGGGGACGCUGUCCUUAUUCAGGAUGUUCUUGAGAACAUAGAUCCCUGUCUUCAGCCAAUCCUGAUCAAGAACCUUACAAUACGUGACGGUCAAUCAUUCAUCAAAAUUGGAGACACUGAAAUUGAGUACAAUCCCAACUUUAGGCUCUACCUGGCCACCUGUCUGCCCAACCCCCACUUCCUCCCAGCAGUGUGUGUCCUGGUGAAGCUGAUCAACUUCUCAGUAGAGUACGAGUGUCUGCAGGAGCAGCUGCUGUCCAGCGCGGUGUCUCUGUAUCAGCCAGAGCUAGAGCUGCACCACAACCAGCUCCUCCACACUAUUACUGCUGACCUGUUCACCCUUCACGAGCUGGAGAACAGGUCCCUGCUGCUGCUGCAGGACACCCAGGGACACAUAUUGGACGACCAGGACCUCGUUGAUAACCUGAAAAAGUCCAAGGUCACCUCCAAUGAGAUCUCCGUGCGAGUUGAGACGGCUAAGGACAAGGAGAAGGAGAUCGACGAGGUCCGCAAGAAGUACCUCCCUAUCGCUAACCGUGGUGCAGACCUGUAUUUUGUCCUGGCUGACCUCACCCAGAUCAACUACAUGUACCAGUUCUCCCUGGACUGGUUCAAUGACAUGUAUGUGAAAGCUUUGCAGGUGGCUACGGAAGGCCAGGAGUGGCCCACCCUGGACGUGUCCAUGCCUGUGACGGGCACCCUGUGCCCGGCUGGAGCUAAAAGCCUGAGGAGGGCUGUGGUGGUGCCUGGAACAUGUGCUCCCAACAUGGGGGACUUUAACCUUCGUCUCCUCAAGAUGAUGAACACCAUCACUGAGAGUAUAUACAAGGUAACAGUAUUGAUGAUGAUGAACGCCAUCACUGAGAGUAUAUACAAGGUAACAGUAUUGAUGAUGAACGCCAUCACUGAGAGUAUAUACAAGGUAACAGUAAUGAUGAUGAUGAACGCCAUCACUGAGAGUAUAUACAAGGUAACAGUAUUGAUGAUGAACGCCAUCACUGAGAGUAUAUACAAGGUAACAGUAAUGAUGAUGAUGAACGCCAUCACUGAGAGUAUAUACAAGGUAACAGUAUUGAUGAUGAACGCCAUCACUGAGAGUAUAUACAAGGUAACAGUAUUGAUGAUGAACGCCAUCACUGAGAGUAUAUACAAGGUAACAGUAUUGAUGAUGAACGCCAUCACUGAGAGUAUAUACAAGGUAACAGUAUUGAUGAUGAACGCCAUCACUGAGAGUAUAUACAAGGUAACAGUAAUGAUGAUGAACGCCAUCACUGAGAGUAUAUACAAGGUAACAGUAUUGAUGAUGAACGCCAUCACUGAGAGUAUAUACAAGGAAGUGUCCCUGGCCCUGUUUGUGGACGACCAGGUGGUUUUCUCCUUCCUGAUGUGUUGUAACAUCAUGAAGACCAACAAGCACAACAUGAUAGUGGGCAGCACUGAGUUCCUGCCUGCUGAAGAGUGGAAGAUAUUCCUACACUCUGCUGUGCUGGCCAGCAUGAUGGACUCAAAGAGAGCCGAACAGGAGGAAGGGGAGCUCCUAGGCGAGCGUCCGGACCACCCGUGGCUGACAGACAGCAUGUGGGCACAGUGCCAGUACCUGUGUGCCAACCUGCCCUGCUUCGCCACCCUCUACAAGUCCAUCCAGACCAACCGUUUGCAGUGGGAACUGUUCCAGCAGGCUAGGAACCUCUAUGAGUUCCUCAGUGAGCCCUACACUGGACACGCUGGUUCUGGUACUGAAGGAGAGUCAUCCCAGUCAGCAGCAGCCUCGAAGGACAGGCAUCUCACCAAGUGUGUCCACAUCUUCCCCUGGGAGAGCCUCUCAGGCUUCCAGAAGAUCAUCUUGGUGAAGAUCCUGAGGCCUGAGUGUCUGAACACGGCAGUGAAAGCCUUUGUCAUAGAGAAGAUGGGUUCUAAGUACCUGGAGGUUGGAAAGAUCUCCCUGAGAGAGGUGUAUGAGCGCUGCUCUGCCAACGUGCCCAUCGUAUUCCUCCUCUCCCCUGGCAUGGACCCAGCUUCCCUCCUGGUGCGUCUGGCCCAGGAGCUGAGGGGUAGCAGCCUGCACCUGGACAUGGUGUCUCUGGGUCAGGGCCAGGGCCCCAGGGCAGAGGAGCUCAUUUACAAGGCCCAGGUCCUCAAGGGCCGCUGGGUCUUCCUGCAGAACUGCCACCUGGCCUCCUCCUUCAUGCCCAGACUGCAGACUGUCGUCAACUCGUUGAAGUGGAAAGGCUCAGACCUGGACCCUCACUUUCGUCUGUGGCUGUCCUCUAAACCAGACCCAGUGUUCCCUGCCUCCAUCCUGCAGAGAGCCAUUAAGAUAGCUGUGGAGCCUCCUCGAGGUCUGAAGGAGAAGCUCCUCCACACCUUCAGUCCCAGUGGAGAGGUGACCGAGAGGAGCUUCUGUAAAAUGGACUGCAGCCCAGCCUGGAAGACUUUGCUCUUCAGCCUCUGCUUCUUCAACGCCAUCGUGCAGGAGAGAAAGAAGUACGGCCCUCUGGGGUGGAACAUACCCUACACCUUUACAUCUUCUGACCUGGAGGUGUCCAUGCUGAACCAGGAGAGUCUCCUGCGGGCUGCGGAAGGUUCUGAGCUGCCAUGGGCGGCCCUACGCUACCUGACGGGUGAGGUGAUCUACGGAGGGCGUGUCACCGACCCCUGGGACCGCCGCUGCCUGCUUACCAUUCUUCACCGCUGCUAUACCCCCUCGGUCCUGCAGGACGGACACAGCUUCUGUCAGGCUCAGGGCUACCCUCCCUUCCCUAAAGACGCCAGCUGGCCCCAGUGUAGAGCCUACAUAGAGAACAUGCCCGACAAAGACCUGGCAGAGGUGUUUGGCAUCGACAGCAGUGCAGAGACGGUGAUACUGCAGAACCAGACCCAGCAGUUGCUGCACACUAUCGUCAACCUGCAGCCCAGGCUCUCUGAUAGCAGCCUGCUGGUCAGAGACAGACAGUGCCAAGAUAGCGUAGUUCUGAGGAUGGCCAUGAACAUCCUGAAGAAACUACCAGAGACAGUGGAGGUUGAUCGUGUCACAGAGAAAACACUAUUCCUCAGAGACAUCAUCGCCAAAGUCAACUUUGCGGAAUCAUCUUCCUCUGACCAGGGUGAGAGAUGCACAGCCUCGGCCUCUUCUGCCCUGCUGGUGAUCCUGCGACAGGAGAUUGACCGGUUUAACUACCUCCUCUGUGUGGUGCGCUCCAGCCUCCUUUCCUUCUCUGCCUCCAUCAGAGGAGAGGUGCUGAUGAGUGAGGCUCUGGCGGAGGUCUACACUGCCCUGCUCACCAUGAUCGUACCAUCAGACUGGAAGCACUGCUCGUACGAGUCGUGCAUGGCUCUGGGUUCUUGGAUCCAGGACCUGGAACAGAGAGUGUGGUUCUUCAGAGCCUGGGCAGACAACAUCAAGAUCAACCUUAUAGAAAAGAUACCUAUUAUUAGUGGAGGAGUCUACUCUCUGAACCGUCCACCUAAGACUGACCUGCAGCAGAGCCUCAAGAACAGGAAGCCUCGCUCCUACUGGCUCUCUGGGUUCUUCUUUCCACAAGGUUUUCUGACAGCUGUUCUCCAGAACAGUGCUCGACAGAAGAAUGUGCCUGUAGACUCUCUGUCUUUCACCUAUCAUGUUCAACCCGUGGAUGAGAGCUGGAGCAAAGUGGCAGACAAAACUAAACUCCUUUUUGAGGGCCCAGCUCCACCAGAUGAGGGCGUGUUGGUGUAUGGGCUGUACCUUGACGGAGCCAGCUGGGACCCUGUCUCUCACACCCUGCAGGAGCUUCAGCACAACAUCAAACACUGCCCUGUGCCUGAGAUACACUUCCUACCCUGCCAGGUCACGGAGGAUGCUGUGGCCGUGCCUACUACAGAGUCUCCUGGGGACCUCCAGUUCUAUGACUGUCCCCUGUACCGUACCUUCAAGCGGGCAGGCUUCCUCUCCUCCUCAGGCAUCUCUACCAACUUCAUCACAUCCGUGUCUCUACCCACCUUGGAGUGUCCUACUCACUGGGUCUUCAGGGGCACUGCCCUCCUCUGCCAACCUAAUGAAUGAACAAACUCAAUACCAACUGUUUACACUAAGCUAUGAGUGAAGUCAUUACCAAAUAAAGACUGUUUCAAAGUAAGGACUGUGAAACGUGAAAUACUUUUAAAAAUGUUUAUUUUCUCAUUUUCUAAACACUGAAAAUGUCUCAAGUAUUGUUUGAACAUAUUUUGUUGCCAUACCUACUUACACACCAGACCAACAUGACAAAGUCGCCCACUGGAACACAUUAUUGAAAGAACAAGUACUCAGUUCCACAAAUAACAGAAAGCUAUUUUCUCAUUGACUGGGCGCACAGCGAUAACCAGCAGUACUCAAGUAGUUCUCUUGUGUUUCCUCAGGAGUUAUGUCUUCGUUUGUCACACUCUGACCAUGAUUUGCUUGUUUCUAUGUUUUGUUUGGUCAGGGUGUGAUAUGAGUGGGCAUUCUAUGUUGUAUGUCUAGUUAGUCUAUUUCUAUGUGUUUUGGCCUGAUAUGGUU